GGGGAGUGACCGCUUCUCUUCCGCGCACUUCGUGGGAACAUGGUGGCCGGUCAGCUGAUAUGAGAGGCGCGGACAAAAAAGUCGGACCUCAUGCACUGUGCACAUUGUUGAAUUAGUGAAAUUACAUUUCCAAAUAAUUAUGUUGUUUUCAGACUGUUUGCCAUAUCUAGCUUCGCCACUGCAAGCACCUCAUAAUUUGACCAUGUACUUUGCAUGGUGUUGGACCAAUAUGGGAUGACUUUAUUGGUUCUCGAUAAAGGAUUUCCCAUAUAGUUAACGUUUAUGUACCUUUUUAGUUCUAAAAUAACCUAUAGUAUAUAGUCAUUUUAUAGACUACUUGAAUUCUACUUCUGGCUGAACAUUAUUAACAUUAUAUUCUACUUUAGUUAUCUGCAUGCGAAGUCAAUUAUUCAUCGUGAUUUAAAGUCAAAUAGUAUCCUUUUGUUGUAAAACUUCGGAAACACUUGACGAUUAAUGCAGUUGAUCUCAAACAGCAGUGCAAAAUUCUGUAACAACAGUGCAAAAAUCUGUAACAACAGUGUAAAAAUAACAAAGAAAGACAACUUUGUCAAAUUAAAACUGCAAUUGUCUCGAACAUUUUUAUGUAUAUUAUUAACACGUAAUAGGAUGGUUUCUCGUGAAAUUUGGAUAAAACAAGCACUUGUGAGUUUUUCAAAGACCCCAAAUAGCACUAGUUCUUCGGACCCUCGCUAUAUUUUGAUGUUCCUGGAAAAACUCACUUGUGCUUGUUUUAUCCAGAUUGCACUCCAAACCAUCCUAUUUUCUAUAUACUUAUAAGCCAGUUAUCCUAUUAAUUUUUCUGUUUUCGGAAAGUUGUUGUUGUUGUUGUUGUUGUUGUUGUUGUUGUUGUUGUUGUUGUUGUUGUUGUUGUUGUUGUUGUUGUUGUUGUUGUUGUUGUUGUUGUUGUUGUUGUUGUUGUUGAUGUUGUUGUUGAUGCUGUUGUUGUUGUUGUUUUAUACUGUUGUAUAUAUUGUUUGUUUUGUUAUAUUGUUUGUUUUAUACUUUUUUUCAUUUAUUAUUCAUGGUUUAAAAAUUCUCGAUAUUGCCCUUCACGUAUUUUGUACAGAUAUUUUUCUUCAAGAAGAUUUAACGGUGAAGAUUGGCGACUUUGGUCUGGCGACUAUAAAGACAAGGUGGAAUGCACAGAACUUUGAAACCCCAUCUGGCUCCGUACGUUGGAUGGUAUGUAUCAGUGUGGUUCACUUCGCGAAAUAGCGGGCUGGGCGGAGCAAAUUUAGGUUGCCACCAAAUUACCGUCCUUUUGUUGUUCUGAAAAAGAAGAUUAUUGUAGCUCGCCUAUUGGCGAUGUUUGUUUUCACAUACAGUUUUGUCGGCACAGUGUUUAGACAGUAAAAUUUACUGCAUGAAACUUUCACUCUGCAACCCGGUUCGAUCCCUGCAGUUCAUAGUUUUCCUAUUGUGGACACACACAGAGAACAGCAUCCUAAAUAUAUCUUCGCCUGAACACAUGCACAACAAUUGUUGCAUAGUUCAAAAACCAAUUCAUUGGUAAUCUAAUAUUUUAUCAUUAAUCUUUAACAAUCCGCUCCUUUUUAAGGCCCCGGAGAUAAUACAGAUGAAAAAAGGGUCUAAUCCUUACUCGAACAUGUCCGACGUCUAUGCCUAUGGCAAUGUCCUGUACGAACUGACGUCUCGAACUCUUCCGUACGCUGAUUUUGAGCAGGACUACCAGGUACUAUAUCUAUCAAUCAAAUAAGAACAAUGUUUAUUCAGGACAGCCUACAGUACAUUAUCUACAUGUGUAUGUCAAGAUAAAUAAUUCAUGGUGGAUCCAGCCAGAUUGCAUGCGGGCGAAAAUCGCACAUGUUAAAGUUCACUAUUAUUUCGCAACAACAUAGUACAGUAGUUUAAAAGUAGUUAACAGUUUUGAACAACUGGCCCCAAAUAAUUGUUGUUCACGAUAGAAUUACGAUGUAGUUCGUCCUGAAGUUUUAUUACAAGCGCAUCUGCAUGGCCCGAAAAAUACCGGACAGUAUUGUAGUUGUAUACAGCGGUUUUCUAACCGUCACAACAUAUUGCGCGUUAUACUUUACGUCGAAAAGGAUAAUUUACCUUAAGCAUAUAGAAGACGACAUUACAACCAGUGCCGGACACCUUGCGAAAUAUUCGGGUGCGAAUUGUAGCCUACCAAUAAUAUAUAUCGACUCUCUUACUCCUGCAAAUCUCAUUUCUUAAAUUAAACGUUUUUAACAUUUAUACGUCAUUCAAAUGUUAAAAUGCUUGAAGUACGGAUAUGGAACUCAGAAUUAAUACAAAGAAACUUUAAUUUCUAAAUACUAAAGUUUAAUCUGUGUUGCACCAAUCAACGGACAAUUGUGAAAAAUUCACGAUUUGGAGGAUAUCAUGUUAAGGCUUUCAUGGUUGUAAAAUCGUUGUAAUAGCCAGUAAUACAUCCUUUCCCAAAGUACGUCACCUUGGUCAUAGAACCUCGUUUUCGUGUACGUGGGGUUAGUCAAAAUUCCAACAUCGCGAUCACGAAAACGAGACUCUAUAUCAUAGCCAACGUGACGUACUUUCCGGAAGCGUGUAUUAGUCAGCAAUCGUUUCAUGCUUUUCAAAAUUUGUAGAAGGAGUGGCGGUUGCCCUCAUCGUCACCCCCACCUCCAAUGUCUGCACUGUUUACAGCGUAAAUUCAAUGAUUGUAUAUGUCUCAUACACUAACUAUACAUGAUGUAAAGUUUUUCAACAAAAGGUAGGUAUAGCGAAGAAUACAAACUGCGAACGUUUAUAGAUGAUACUCAUUCAUUAGAUACAGCUAGUUGAAAAUCGUCUCAUUUACAAACGUUCACGGCAAUUUUCUUUUGCAAAUAUACUAAAAUAGGACAACAUUGUUCCGUUUCAGAUUAUGUAUAAGGUGGGAUGUGAAAAAUUGACUGUGGAUCUUACCAAAAUACGAUCUGAUACUCCGGAGUCGUUAAAGAAAUUAUUAAAGGACUGUAUAGAUUACGAAAGAGACAAACGUCCGGAAUUUAAGAAGGUAUAACGCAUGUCAUCAUAUAGAUAGAUGGAUUUAAUAGUUUAAUUAAUAAGCCUUUCUCUCACGGUCCGUCUUUUUGAGUGUCAAACUGCACGGGGAAAAUAGACGGUAACAAGCAGAGGAGUGGAUUGAGUGAAGUGAAGUAGAGACACUGACAGUGCUAUUGUUGUCAUCUUUAUUUGUUGUUGUACGCAUUGCCAGCGUAAAACGGCGGACAAGGCCUGAUUGCAUGGUCUGAGAAAUGCUUUAAUUAUCCUUUAUCAUACCUGAAGCUAUGAGCCUGUGACUGCAUGCUUAAAGCGGCAAUACUUUUCUGGCGAUGACAAUGCAAUGGUGGUAAAAUCGUUGCAUUGCCGUCGCGAGAAAGAAAUUGCUUGUGUAUCAUGCUCUGCGAUGACAGCGCAAAGCUGCGCGCAAUCGUUGCCGAAAUUUCAAAUCAUUUGAUUUUCGGCAAUGAUUGCCGAAAAUUGGGAGGUGUGGUCAAGGAAGGUUAAGGAAGGUCAAGGUUGAUGAAUGACACGUUUCUUGACCAGCCAAUGAAAAGCGUUAUGAAGACAUAUAUUGCAGGUGAAAUAUUGCAGGUGUAGCCACGUUGUGCGACGGCAACGCAAUGCUGUUAUCACUCAUUGCGGAACCAUCGCAGCAAAAAUAUUGCUCGUGUAUCCGAAGCUUAAGUAUGGGGAAAUUAGCAUUUUAUAAGGUAGAAAAAUUUGUAUAUAUACCUGAACCCUGGUGUGACCCAAUCAAUAUAAGUAGUGAUGAUAACAAUAAUAUUAAUAAUCAAUUCUCCCGUAUGGACUUAAACAAUUUAAAAGGGUUAAAAAUUGCAUGCUUAAAUAUUAAUAGCCUCUCAAAGAACAUCGACGAACUCCGAGUAAUUAUGCUAAAUAAUCCUCUAGAUAUCUUAGCUAUCAAUGAAUCUAAAAUUAAUGAGUCGGUUUCGGAUGAUGAAAUAAGCGUUAGUAGUUUUCACCUAAUUCGAAAAGAUUGCAACAGACACGGAGGCGGAGUAUUGAUGUAUAUUCGGAUGACGUGACGCGCUUGGCGCGCGAGCAGCGAGUCAAAUCGCUCCGUAGAAUUACUGAAUUUCGACCCUAUUUCUACGACUUUUUGGGUUAAAUUUAUAAAAGAAUUGUGGAUAAAGUGACUAUCUUUGGGAAAGUGAAGUUGGUGUGGUAAAAUUUUAAAUAUUGCUCUGUAUUUUAUUGAAUUAUUUUUCAAAUUGCAAGAGAAUUUACAACUGGUUUAUAAGCACGCGCAAGCCGGACGGUUGAAUUUGGCGUGCGCAUACGACUACGUGAUAAGUUUGCGCGCGUAAUUCAAAGGACGAUCUUACGAACUGUGUUUGACUCGAGUGCGUACGGAAUUACGGUCAUCUAUUAGAACAGUUAUAUCAAUAACUAGUGAAUUAAUUAUAACCUUUUGGAAAAUACGAAUUAAAAUGCUUAAAACCCACCAAGCGUUCGCCAAAUCAGCAUCAUUUUGGACUGUGUGUCUCGUGGUGUCUUUCUGGCUGUCAACAAGAUCUAAACCUGAUGUGAACAUUAUCGAAAAUGCAACUGGAAAAGGCAUUCUUAUUUCCUCGGAACUUGCCAUCUUACCGGACAAACUGUGUUUUAUCUGGGCUUCUACGCGUGAUAGAAAGUUACGAAAGUUUGCUCUUCCCGACAAACAUCGUUACGGACUGGAGUUUCACAUUUCUCGCAAAUGUUCUCACGUUGUGCUACUUAUUCUCCUUGCUGGCGACAUAGCAACCAACCCAGGUCCUACAACUGGUUCACGCGAAACAGAUAAUUUAAAAACUUUCGGGUUAAAAUUUCUGUAUUUAAAUGCCAGAAGUCUAAAAGCAUUUGUUCAUCCAAUUGGGGACAAAUCGGUAAAAGUUUGUAAAAUCUCGUUAUGUGAGACCUGGUUAAACAAUUUAAUCUUAAGCAGUGAGAUCUUACCUAAUUAUGGAUGUAUCUUCCGAUGUGACAGAGCUGACAGAAUUGGUGGUGGUGUUCUUGUUGCUGUGAAGACUGGUAUACAGGUCACACGCAGACGUGAUCUAGAACCUGAUAAUACGGAACUUGUUCUUACUGAAUUAAUGAAAUCUAACAACAAACCAAUCAUACUUUACACGUUUUAUCCCCCCCCCCCCGACUCUAAACCCGAUGUCCUUCAGCAGCUAAAUUAUUCUAUCCAAAACAACCCAGAAUCAAGUCGUAUUGUAUUGAUAGGCGAUUUUAAUCUACCAUCAGUUAAAUGGUCGUCUGAUCAGAAAACCCCCAUCAACAUCGGAGGACCUGCUGAGAAUGAAAUCUUUUGCGAUUUGGUAGACGACAACUUCCUUCUGCAAUACAUACUUGGCCCUACCCAUACUGCUGGUAAUAAACUCGAUCUGUUGAUGUGUAACUCUCCUGAAAUCGUCGGCGACGUCUCCGUUCUCCAUCCUGAGACCUGUGGUUUCCCAACAGAUCACUACAUCGUGGAAUUUGACGUGAAGUUGAAGUUUAAAAGAGCCAAGCCAAUAAAGCGCCGAGUAUUCGACUAUGGAAAAGGAAAUUUCGAUGAGCUACGUAACUUCCUGACACGAUAUCCCAUCAAUGUUACCCCAACUGAUAGCAUUAAUGAUGACUGGGAACAAUGGAACGACACUUUCUUAUUAACUACGGUGAGAAGGUACAUUCCGAUGAGAACUGUGAAAGACAAAAAUAGUCCACCAUGGAUCGAUAAAGAAGUGCGUCAACUAAUCCGUAAAAAGUACAAAGUUCUAAAACAAUACCGCAGGAACAAAUCUGCUGAUCGAAAGCGUAAAUUACGAAGCGUUACUCAACAAAUCAAAUACUUGAUUCGAAGUAAACACCGAGGCUAUCUGGCUAAAAUAGAAAGUUCGUUCUGUGACAACCCCAAACUAUUCUGGAGUUACCUUAAAUCAAUUAUUCACCACCGGACAGGUCAGAGCAACGAAAUAACAUAUAAUGGUUUCACAGCCAAGACGGCGAAAGAAAAAGCGGAUCUUUUUAACACUUACUUUUCUUCAGUGUUUCGUCCAUCUUCUACCACUUGUAACCAGACGCUUCGAACGGAAAGCAAAGAGAACAUCUCGGAGAUAACACUCGAUGUAGACGAAGUUGCGCAAUUUUUGCGUGCCCUUGAUACCUCGAAAGCAUGUGGCCCCGACGGCAUUCCAGCUCGCCUGUUACAAGUAUGCGCCCUUGAAAUCGCACCAAGCAUAUGUGAGUUGUUUAACCGUUCCUUGCAUAUUGGGCAUGUUCCAUCUGAGUGGAAAUCUGCGAAUGUUACACCCGCCCACAAAAAAGAUCUUAAAGAACCGGCGGAACAUUACAGACCAAUAUCGUUGCUUCCCAUCGUUGGCAAAGUACUAGACCGUUGCGUGUGCAUCAGACUAUAUAAUCAUGUCAGGCACCUCGUCACAAAAGCACAACAUGGCUUCCUUAGACGGCGAUCUUGCGUUAGUCAACUACUAUCGGUACUACACGCCAUCGGGCAAUCCCUUGACGAAAACGUUCAAACUGACGUUAUCUACCUCGACUUUGCGAAAGCAUUUGACUCUGUCGAUCACCAAAUUCUUCUCCACAAGCUUGCGUCAUAAGGUGUGUCAGGUCAUUUAUAUGAAUGGUUCGCGGACUAUCUCAGUGGUCGUCGUUAAAGGGUUGUGAUUGAUGGAGCUACAUCUAAUUGGGCGCCAGUUACAUCUGGAGUGCCGCAAGGCAGUCUCCUGGGUCCUAUUCUGUUUGUGAUAUUCAUAAACGAUCUUCCCGACAUAUUACCUGACGAGACUUUGGCAGCUUUGUAUGCAGACGACACCAAACUGUACAAGUCCAUCACAUCAGUAGGUGACUGUGAAAGUUUGCAACAAGCUUUAACAGAUCUUGACUGUUGGAGCAGUGACAACAACCUCAAUUUUAACGAGGCGAAGUGUAAGGUGUUGACAAUUACAAGGAAAAAAAACCGCCGACGUACGCAUAUCACAUGGGCUCAAAGGAACUUACCCGCGUGAAUAAGGAAAAAGAUCUUGGUGUCCUCAUAAAUUACAACCUCUCAUGGGACGAUCAUGUUCAUACCAUCACCGCCAAAGGGAACAAGAUGCUUGGCAUGCUUAAAAGAACUUGCCCUCUACUGACUAACACCGCAGUGAGGCGGACGCUGUACUUGGCACUCGUGAAGUCUCAGAUAAGUUACGCCACCGAAGUCUGGUCUCCACCUACCAUCAAAAUGAGAUCCACAGUGGAACGUGUACAAAGGAGAGCCACCUCUUGGAUACUGCAAGCCAAGCGCGGAGAAAUUGCAUAUAAGCAGCGGCUGAUAACCCUUGGCUUAUUACCCCUGUGCUACGAGAGAGAAAUAAAAGACUUAGUAAGGCUUAAGACUUAAGACUUUUUAAGGCACUGUAUGGAUAUUGAUCUUGACGUGCAUAGUUUCGUUUCAUUUGUCAACAAUGGCCGAACACGGCUUAGUCGAAAUCCUUCUCUCACACUCAAAAUUCCUUUCUGUAAAUCCAAAACAUUUCAAUCCUCAUAUUUCAACCGGCUUGUCAAGUUAUGGAACCACGUCUGCAAAAUUCUUCCCUCUACCACCUUCGCCAGCCUCUCCGUCUUCAAAAGAUCUCUUAAAGCGACUUACGCUAACUUGAUUAAGGCAACAUUUGACGUGGACAUGCCAUGCACCUGGACACUGGUGCGGGACUGCUCCUGCCACAUAUCUUAAGUAGUUUUAAUAGACGGCUUCUCUUAUAGUGUUCACUGAAUGCAACCACAUUAUGCUUGUGAGUUUGAAAUUAUUAUGCUAACACAUCCGUGAAGCAUUCAUUAUGCUUGUGAGUUUGAAAUUAUUAUGCUAACACAUCCGUGAAGCAUUCAGGUGGUUGUGUUCAUGGUGCAUACUAAUAGGGGGAAGCGGCUUUUAUAUAUUUGUAUUUUAUGUAUAUGUGUGUAUUUAUAUUUAUUAUAUGAGUAUUGAAUUUUAUACGCGAUAAAGUUGUCGAAUAAAAACCAUAUGCCUAAAGUUUCUGAGGAUCUCAUUGGACAUACGACAUUCGCCACUAGUGAAGAACGUCGUAUUAGCCUUCUCAUCGGACGUACGGAAUUUGUCGCUAGUGAAAAAUUUCGUAUUUACUUUUUUCGCCGCGCCACUGGCGUACAAGAAAACAACAAUCAGUUUUUUUAGAUGUCCGUUCGACUUUUAAUUUGAAAUGGCUUCGCAUGAGAGACACCAUCCGUAAGCGAAUUCAUUGAACAACAGGAGAAUAAUAAUACAAGAAUUUUAAAGCGAAAUAAUUCAUUUGUUGUAGCUUUUGUUGUACUUUUUUAUGCAUAUUAUAUAUGUUUGAAACGUUUGGUUUGAAUUGUGUCUAUCGUUCAGCACUUAAAUUUCACUCUACUAUAUAAUAACUCAUAUAAUAAACAAAUUACUUCAUUGUUGAUUCGCUUGUACGAUUUUAUUAUACACUCGUUGCGAAAAAUUCCUAUAAACUCACUCGUUCGCUGCGCUCACUCGUUCGUUUAUAGGAAUUUUUCGCAACUCGUGCAUAAAAAUCGUACGCGCUCAUGAACCAUGAAGUAAUUUCUAUUUAUGUACGUAUUUCGCUGCUUCGGGGUUUGCACCUUGCAUGGGACUUCGCGUCCCGUUUGUGCUUAUGCCAUUUGAGUUCAUAUUAAUUAUACAUAAUAUUAAUUAUAUAUAAUUAUAUAUAAUAUUAAUUAUAUAAUAUAAUGUAAUGUUCUCAAUAAAUAUAUUUGAAAAGUAUAUUCGGGAGACUAUUCCUUUUAGCGAACGGAAUGACUUACAAACGGCAUGCUCGUUGGAAAUGUUAUGUGUAGAAAUUAGUAGACCAUGCAGUAGGCCAUUCUUAGUACUAACUACGUGGUAUAGACCCCCUGGCUCAGAUACUCGCCUGUUUGACGAUUUUGAAAAUUUUCUUAGUAGAUGUGACUUGGAAAACAAAGAAUUAUUACUUAUGGGUGAUCUAAAUUGUGAUCUUAGUAAGUUUCCUCCUGAUGCUCACACGCGUAGACUGCAAUUUCUUUCAUGCGUCUACCAGCUAGCUUGAGUGGUUAAUUAACGAACCCACAAGGGUAACGAGAACGUCAGCAACCUUGAUCAAUUUGAUUUUUACUAAUAAGAAAGAAGAUAUUGUAAAAUCCGGAGUUAUUCAUCUUGGUAUAUCCAUAUGGUAUAUCCGAUCACAGUUUGAUUUUUGCAAGAGAAUUUUUUACUGCAAAAUCUCGACAAAUUAUGUUAGAUAUGUCCGGAACUUUAAAAAUUUCAAUGCUACGGACUUUUUUAAUGAUCUAUCACAGAUGCCAUGGGAAAAUGUGGCACAAUAUGAAAAUUCAAACUCUUGUUGGCAACUAUGGAAAUCCUUUUACUUGCAAAUACUUGAUCGACAUGCACCAUUUAGAUGCAUGAGAAUCCGAGGCAAUUCACUUCCUUGGAUUACUCCAAAUAUCAAAAAUCUGAUGAAAGCAAGUUAGAGAUUUUCACAAAAAGACAGCGGUUAAAUUUAAUUCUCAAUUACACUGGGCGAAGUAUAAAGACACCCGCAAUAAAGUUAACUCUGAAUUGUACAAAGCCAAAAAGAGGUAUUUUUGCGACCAAUUUGAGGAUUGUGCUUAGACUAAUGAUCCUAAACAAAGUUGGCACCAUAUUAGUCACCUCUUGGGUAGGAAUUUUAAAUCAAAGAACAUUCCCCAAUUAAAAAUAGGCGACACUUUCUGAUAAUUUAAUGAUAGCGGAGGCCUUUAAUGACUUCUUCGUGAGCAUUGGGCCAAAACUAUCUGCUGAAAUUGACCAUAAUGCUCCGGACUUGUCAGAAAAUCUCGGUACUAGUCCAGUGACUCUAUUUACUCUGUCUGAAAUAAGUGAAUACGAAAAAUUUCUUUUGUUAAGUAAUCUUUUAAGAUUAAAAAACCUCAAAAUCGACAGGCACGAAUUCUAUCCCCGCAAGGGUACUUAAAAUCUCAGCUGAAAUAAUUAGCCCUUCUCUAACGUGAAUUUUUAACCUUAUCAAAACUGGAGUCUACAUAGAUGAUUGGAAGAACUAAGAAGGCUUGGGUUGUACCUAUCUUUAAAUCUGAAGAUGGGGAAAAAUGUGAAAAUUAUCGCCCAAUAUCAAUCUUACCGAUUAUUAGUAAAAUUUUCGAAAGAUCCGUUUUCAAUCAAUUGUAUGUAUUUCUUAACGCUAAUAAUCUACUUUCUAAACAUCAAUUUGGGUUUCACCCAAAAUAUUCUACUCUGGCAGCACUCAUUCAGAUAUGCGAUGCAUGGUAUGAGAAUAUGGAUAAUGGUGAAUUAAAUGGUGUAGUUUUUAUAGAUAUUCGAAAAGCGUUUGACUCUUUGACUCUAUUAAUCAUAAUAUUCUUUUGCGCAAAAUGAAAGAACAAUUUGGGAUUUCAAAUAUUGAAUUAAACUUUUUGAAUCCUAUCUUUCUGAUAGGGAACAAGUCUCAUUUGUUAAUGGCGCAAUGUCAGCACCAAAUAGGAUUGUUUGUGAGGUCCCUCAAGGAUCUAUAUUGGGCCCCUUAUUGUUCUUAUUGUAUAUUAAUGAUUUACCUGAUUGUCUUGAGAAGUCAACCCCAUGCUUAUACGCUGAUGAUUCACAGAUAUUUUCAUCUGCGAAAGACUGUGUAGAACUUAAUGCUAAUUUAAAUCAUGAUUUAAACAAUGUUAGUCAAUGACUGGUUAAAAACAAACUGCAACAUCAUUCAACAAUCAGAUCUGCUGACGUUCUUCGAACUCUUGUCUGGGAAAAUUUGGAAACAAGAUGGUACUUAACCAAGGCAGCAUCUUAUAUAAAGUCUUGAGUAAUAGUGCCGCACCAAUUCUGAAAGAUGCAUUCAUAAGUAUAAAUAUUUUACUAAACAAUUAUAAUCUUAUAAAUUCUCAAACUGGUCUGACCCUUCCAAAGCCAAACAGAGAAUUUCUCAAAAGAAGCUUUAAAUAUAUGCUUAUCUUUGGAAUAACCUUCCACUUGAAGCUAAGCAAGCUCAAUCAAUUUAUAUAUUUAAAAGGUGUAUAAAACAAAUUUUUUGAUGUUAAUAACCGGCGAGUCUGGAUUCACUUUAAUCAUAUAUUUAUCUGGGACACACCAUCGUGGUUUACCGUAGCUUUUGAUAAUGUACAUAUUUGUAGUAGGCUUAGUUUCCUUCCUUUUUAUAUUCUUUGUAAUAUUUUUUAUAUGGACGCCCCCCGUGGAAAUCAACUUUUGUAGUUGUUGGGGCUAGCGUCGCUAAACAAAGUGUGUAUAUAUAUUCAUGGUUUGGCCCGUAUACACGAGAUUUAAAAGUGGGCGUCUACAGCGCAACUUAGAUUUGACGUGUUCAAUCGAGUGAUGGUGGACGCACAAAAGUUAUACCAACUCUUGCGCUUUUUCGUGCUCUCCCAUGCCCUUCUUGCGUUCGUCCAGAACUUGACUGGACCCUCCAAAUCAUGAACAAUUUCUGAAUUUCAAAAUAUGCAAUGUGAUUGUUCCCCCGCUCGUGGCCAUCCGCACGAUAUUUUGCAUUUGUUAGUAAAGAUUUGUUAAUUUAUCGACCUUAUACUUACAGAUUCUCGCAGACUUGGACGCCAUCAUUCAAUCGCUACCGAGAAUUCAUCGAAGUAUGUCAGAACCAAUCUUAAUAAAUCUGACGGAAGAUGAUAUAAUUCUAAGUAUAUUUCAUAGUAGAGGUUCGAAUGCAGAAGAUUGAUAGUCUAAUCUGGGAUUUCGCCAUGCUGGCCACUUGGUAUAUAUAUAAAAGGCCAGAGUCACAACGAUUAUAAAAUACAACAACAAUUGAUAUGAGAGGAAAUAUGCGUAAACGUUCGGUCGUUCUACGAACUUUUUAUAAGUUCUUUAUAAGUUUUAUAAAAGUUUAUAAAGCUUAUAAAGAACUUAUAAAAAGUUCGGAGAACGACCGAACGUUUGCGCAUAUUUCCCCCUAUAUUAGCCAGUGCGCAUAAGUUAUGUGGUCACCACUAUAAACCAUGUGGUGAUAUUUUCUUACAAAUUCAAUUAAUUAUGAAUGAAUCAUGAAUCAUAAUAAAUAUAUUAUAGCAUUUACUAUUUGAAGUCAUUGGCAACUUUUAAAUUAAGAAUACCUUAUUUAUAUUUAUCAAUGAGUGUUUGAAAUACUAUAUAAUUAUGUAACUAUCUUCGCACGGCCUAUUGAAUGAUCACGUGUUGUAAACAUCUUUCAAUUUUAGUGAAACAGUAUACCGUGGCUAAAUAAAUACAGUAUGUUUCUCUUAUUCUGUAAUUUGGAUAGGUAAUUUUGAUAGGUAAUUUGGAU